GGAAUACUGCAUACGGAAUGAACAUGUCGUGGCAAUGAGCUUACUCACAAUAGUCGCUGCACGUUGUGCAAGUUUUCAUCAUUUUUACAUCAUGAUACAGUGAUAAAUUGCUAAUAAGGCCAAUAUUGAAAAAUGUCAUUUCCAUAAAAGGCACAAAGCAAGUAUUUUAAGUUUGCUGAAUUUUGACCUGUCACGUCACAUCGGGAUGUCACUGAAGUCUGAAUCUGAGAAAAGUUCACAAAACUAGUAGGUCCAAGUCUUACAGCCAAUCUGGUAACAAUUUAAGAAGGCGUCAAGAUGCAAAUGGCUUGCUCAAUGGCACAGAGACUGGGUUGUCGUUUUGCCUACAUAAAAAAGCACAUGGUCUUCCGUAGGCAGAAGCUUUCCCCUGCAGUGUGUUCAUCCUGUUUCUCCACCGACAACUCAUCAGUGCAACAGGCUGCAUCAAAUCAUCCUGUCAGUGUGUCUCUGCGUCUCUUGUAUGAUGAAUUUAAUAAUCAGAAAUUACCUUUUCGGAAUCACCUCCAUGACAGUAAAAUUUAUUCCAUGAAUCAUGGACAUCACAGUGUAUCAACUACAGAAAAGGAAAAAGUCAGAACUUCCUUAAAGCAGUGCCGGUCUGUUACUGAUGUUUUUCACAAACUGGACAUUCCCACAGAUGAUCAUGAUGAUAAAUUAGGGGGUUUGGCAUCACAAGCUCUACUGAGAAUAUGUAGUUUACAAGAAGAUGAGGAAGCAAGUAGCAGUCUUAGUGAGUCAGAACCAAUUCUUUGUAACACUUUAAUGGAUGAAUUAUAUGACAUGGCCGGAAGAGACCUGCCAUCUUUGCCCAAUAGUACAUUACUCUCUCUAGGUAAAACUUUUCUGCAGUUUGAAAAUACCAAACACCAGUUUUCUGAAUCUCUAAUAGAUGAUAUGAAAAGACGUAUAGUAGAACUACAGUUCACCAUGACCGAUUUGCUUACUCUGGGUGAUGUGCUGAAAAGGAAUGAAAAGUAUCAGGAAUUGGUCAGCUUGAUUUGGUUCCAUAUUGGGAAAGGUUGCAGCAACAUCGAUGUCUCUCCCAUCCUUGGGACACCUUCUCAGUCUAAUGUCUGCAUCAUGGAAUUGAUGAAACUAUGGAUCACAUUAAACACCAGCAGUACCAGUGAAGAAAUGGUGUCCAUCCUCAAUUCAUUGGUUCGAUUAAAUGUUUCUAAUAGAAGAAUCCUGGAGAGUUUUAGCAGGUUUAUUAGCAAAACAUUCGUCAACACCAAGGACACGGAUAUCAUGCAGGUUGUACAUGCCUACAACCAUUUCCAUCAUAGUGAUCGUAUUAUUAUGGAGGCUUUGGAGAACUAUGUUGUGUCACACGGCUCCCGACUGACUACAAGUCUCCUUGCUCUUGUAAUGGAGCAUUGUUAUGCCAGCAGAACCUUAUCACCUUUGAUAUUUGAUAAAGCUGCCACACAUUUCUCAGAAAAUGGACAUACGUACAAUCCACUUCAGAUUUACUUGAUCUUGCGACCUUUCGGACAUCUGAAUUACUUCCCCCAACCACGGCACAAGUUUGUCAGUGAAGCUGAAACUGUUAUCUUGAAACAGUUUUUCAAUUUUGAAGCCCACCAUGUGAUCGAACUUGUGUGUACUUUUGCCUUUCAGGCAAAUUUCUCACGUAACUUUGCAUUGAAAGUAUUCACUCCAUAUUUCUUCGGAAAGCUAGCACAAUUGGACUCUGAGCAGAGGAGACAAGCGAGUGAAUAUCUGCUGAUGUUUAAAACAGCUGUUAUCGCGGAGACGAACAUCUGGAAGGAGGUGAUGUCUCAACCUCAUGGCAGCAUGAUGGCUGGUACAGUCUCAGAACUACAACACUCCUGGGAUACACCAUAUGUAAACGAACAAAGUUCUGAAAUGUGCCAAGCAUUAGAGUCUCUACUUGGACAGAAUGGAUUCAGGAUGAACUGGGCACCCAGGUCCUCAGCAUUCAUGAUGGACAUAGUGGUCCAUGUGAAGGAUGGGAGGCCAGUAGAAAUACAGGAGGAAGUGGACUGUGACAAGAGACUUGGGUUGUUGAUAAGGCGACCGGAGCACUACCGGAUCAGACAUAACUCUCAUCCUCGUCUGCUGGGGAAGUAUGUGAUGAUGAAGAGGCAUCUGUUAAGAAGUGGUUACACUGUGUUGGAGGUGUCAGGUGAAGCUGUUGACAGGAACAGCGACUUGGUGGAGUACUUCCGGAGGCUGCUGCAGCCCUACCUUGUCUUCAGGGAGGAUCAUGGGGAAGCAGGGACUACUGUUUCGGAACCAUGCAGUCAAAAUGACUGAACCUAGUACACAUAUUUUUUUUCUAUUUUUUACAAGGAAUUAGUUUCUCAUUACCUCAAUGUUGAUUAGUGGGAUACCACUGUGUUAACCAUAUCAUUACUUUCUGUUUUAUUUUCAUUUUUAUCCCCCCCCGAAUAUAGUCGACACCUUGUCUGUCUAUCCAUCCGUAAUCAUUUUGUUCAAUAUUUUUCAACAAAACCUGGCAGAUAUAUCACACAGAUCCUGAAUUGGUGCCUUUUGCUACUUUCAGAUUAUUGUCAUUUUUAGUUUUCUCGAUUUCCCUGGAAACAAUUUGGACUUAGUUUCAAAAGGGAGGGGAAGGUGUCGUUUCCGGAGCACAACUUGAAAACUGUGAAAGACUUUUCAUCCAAACCUGGUACAUGUAUUAACCAACAGCUGAAGUGAUGCCUUUUCCUAUUUAGGAAUUUUUUAUUGGAAGCAAGACAGACUUAGCUUAAGUGGAGGUAGGUGUUGUUUCAAGACUAGAACUAAAAAUCAUUUUUCAUCCAAACUUGGUCCAUGUCUUACUCAAGGGCUGAAGUGGUGCCUUUUUCUAUUUAGGAAUUUAAAUUUUUAAAUUCUUUUGCGUUUCCAUGGCAACAAGCUGACUUUGACUCU